GCUGGAGCUGCAGGCUGUGAGGCUGGGAUGAACGUGAGCACGGGUGGUGGUGGCGGUGGCGGUGGCGAAAGUGGCAGCAGCAGCAGCAGUUCACAGGCCUCCUGUGGGCCCGAGUCCUCAGGCUCCGAGCUGGCACCAGCUGUGCCGGUGCCACAGAUGCUGCCAGGGCUGCUGGGCUCUGACGAUGAAGAACAGGAAGACCCCAAGGACUACUGCAAGGGCGGCUACUAUCCAGUGAGGAUUGGGGACCUGUUCAACGGGCGCUACCACGUGGUUCGCAAGCUGGGCUGGGGCCACUUCUCCACCGUGUGGCUCUGUUGGGACAUCCAGCGCAAGCGCUUUGUGGCCCUGAAAGUGGUGAAGAGCGCCGGGCAUUACAUGGAGACAGCUGUGGAUGAGAUCAAGCUCCUGAAAUGUGUUCGGGACAGCGACCCCAGUGACCCCAAAAGGGAGACCAUCGUUCAGCUCAUAGAUGACUUCCGGAUCUCAGGGAUCAACGGAGUCCACGUGUGCAUGGUGCUGGAGGUGCUGGGCCACCAGCUCCUCAAGUGGAUCAUCAAGUCCAACUACCAAGGCCUGCCUGUGCCCUGUGUGAAAAGCAUCGUGAGGCAGGUGCUGCACGGCCUGGACUACCUGCACACCAAAUGCAAGAUCAUCCACACGGAUAUCAAGCCCGAGAACAUUCUGCUGUGCGUGGGUGACACCUACAUCAGACGCCUGGCGGCCGAGGCCACCCAGUGGCAGCAGUCAGGGGCCCUGCUGUCCCGCUCCACAGUCAGCACCGCCCCCCAGGAGGUCCCGACUGGUAAAUUGUCAAAGAACAAGCGGAAGAAGAUGAGGCGCAAACGGAAGCAGCAGAAGCGGCUGCUGGAGGAGCGCCUGCGGGACCUGCAGCGGCUGGAGGCCAUGGAGGCCACGGGCCAGGCCGAGGGUGAGGGGCCAGCGGGGCACUACACUGGCAGCGAGCGCACGUGCAGGCUGCUGCUCACAUGGGCCUCUGCCCCCAUCUCCUCAGACUCUGGCUCGAGACUCGAGGGAGGCAGCGGCUCCACCUCCUCCUCAGGCUGCCAUCCUGGGGGUGCCCGGGCCAGCACUUCCCCAGCCUUGUCCUCCCCCGCUCCUGGGGGCGGCCGCAGCCUCAGCCCCAGCUCGCAGACAUCGGGCUUCUCAGGCUCCCUGUUCUCUGCGGCUUCCUGCUCCAUCCUUUCGGGCUCAUCCAACCAGCGUGAGACCGGGGGCCUCUUGUCACCCAGCACACCCUUUGGUGCCUCAAACCUCCUAGUGAACCCCCUGGAGCCCCAAAAUGCAGACAAGAUCAAGGUCAAGAUUGCAGACCUGGGCAACGCGUGCUGGGUGCACAAGCACUUCACGGAGGACAUCCAGACACGGCAGUACCGGGCUGUGGAGGUGCUGAUCGGCGCAGAGUACGGCCCACCAGCAGACAUCUGGAGCACGGCCUGCAUGGCCUUCGAGCUGGCCACUGGUGACUACCUGUUCGAGCCCCACUCUGGAGAAGACUACAGUCGUGACGAGGACCAUAUUGCACACAUCGUGGAGCUGCUGGGCAACAUCCCCCCAGCCUUCGCUCUCUCUGGACGCUACUCCCGGGAGUUCUUCAACCGGAGAGGAGAGCUGCGGCACAUCCACAACCUCAAGCACUGGGGCCUGUACGAAGUGCUCAUGGAGAAGUACGAGUGGCCGCUGGAGCAGGCCACACAGUUCAGUGCCUUCCUGCUGCCCAUGAUGGAGUACAUCCCCGAGAAGCGCGCCAGUGCCGCCAACUGCCUGCAGCACCCGUGGCUCAACUCCUAGUCCCACUGCCCCACCUGUGGGCACACUGCCCUCCCAACUGGGGGCCAGCGUCCUUGGCCACAGCUGUGGCAGGAAAGCCCGGCCACUGCAAUGCACCCGGCAGGCCUCUGUUCAGGAAAGCAUGCGUGUUUCUUAAUAAAGUGUGCACUGAACACCGGGA